GUGUGUGUGUGUGUGUGUGUAAUCCAACUAACACCCACUGUCCGGCAGUGAUAUUAUGGAAAAAAUCUUUCUGCAAUGCUAAGCGUUUAUGCUUUGCAGAAAGCUUUAGUCCAGGAGUUAGAAGGUGAUAGCUCUAUUGCAGAUCUCAGUGACCCAUUUCAGAAUGGCUGGAGAGACACGUCCAUUCAGAAGUCACUGUCACUAACAAUAAGCCCCGCAUGUAUGCAUUACCGUUAUCAAAUGGAUAAUGAUAAUGCAAACACACUUCCAGUUUAAAAGAUGUUGUCUUUAGAACCGGCGCGUAUUUAGUUUGUUUUGCUAGCAUAAUACUCAGAACAAUCUCACCGAAAACCAUCUAAGGCGGCGUUGCCAUCACCAUGGAAACCUUCGACCCAACCUUUGGCUGUGGGGUUGGCCUUUUUUCCCCCUUCACGUCGCGCAUCCGUUCAUCGCUACUCCAUGCCAUUUUUUUCACAGCUUCGUUUUGCUAGAUAUAUCUUUCUUUUGAACUUAUGUUUACGCACAUUAACUUCUAAAUCACUAUUUUCUGUAGGUUUUUUAUUGGUACCAUUGCACAGAGCACUAACUGUAACGUUCAAUUUCCGGGGCGUUCGGCGUCUCACUUUCACAUUCCCGGACACACGAAAAUCACACUUUUCUUCCAAUCAUUGGCCACUCAAAGAUCCAUCAUCUGAUUAAAUUCCUCACCGGCAAAAUAAAAAAAAAAAAAAUAAAUCAACUGAAAAUUCGCGCAAUAUGCACUGCAAUUUACAAAAUCUCGCAUCUCACAUUCACAUGCACUCUGGCCAAUUUCUAAUGUUCUUAUCGUCACAUCACAUAAUCAACACUUUUCUUCCAUAUUUUUGCCGGGUGGCAUAGCACCAUCAGCCAUUUGAAACGUUUUCGAAAUUUCCGCGACCCGAGAUGAAACGUGACAGCGAAUUUGAAAAGCAGCCACACUCGCGCAAAGCCUGCUGCGAUCCAGAUUCAUAAAUCAGUAAAACUGUUCCAUAAUUCUUUGUAGAUGGUGUAAAAUAAAAUAGAUUUGUACGCUGCUAAACCUGAUGAUAGGGUAAUGAGCAAAGUUUUGUACACUUACACGGAAACAUUUGGCUGUUCGUAAAUCAGUUUUUUUUGUUAAUACAUUCUUAUGAAAAAAUAUAUUUCCAAGUAGUUUCACAGCAAAAUUCAAUAAUUGCCUAACAGCGAUAGGUGACUGAUCACAAUAAAAUUGCAUUUGAAAAUAGUUCACAACAAUUAUUCGAUAUGCAAUAGAAUCCUAUAUGAGACCAUAUCGUAUCAAAAUCCAUUUAGUCACUGAUCAGAAGGAACAGUGUCAAGUACAGUACAGGAAUCAGUGUCAAGUGUCCAGUAAUCAAUCAGAAUGUGCAAUGUCCAGAGAUCAGAAAUACAGAAUACUGUGAAGCUAUGUGUCCAAUAAAUUCUGCAUCAAUACAGAAGAAUAUUUGUAUCAGUUAAUUGUCGAAUAAAUGUUACGUUCGUAUAGUACCGUUGCAUAGUCACAGUCAGUCUAAUCGGAUUCAUUACUCGGACGUAUAUUGGAAAAUCAUUUCUACCAUCAUUCCCACAGAGUACAAUGCCCGAUUGCCUAACGUGCGCAAAGUCCGUUGAGGGCGACGCUAAAUCGUUCGCCAUUUGUUCAAACAAAGAGAUUCAAAAUGCAUUGUGCAAGCAUUUUUGGUUUGGUGAAAACCAAUACCUCAAGAGCACCAUUUGCCUACGGUGUUGGGUCAAGAUUGAAGACUUCCAUCGAUUCUACUGUGAAGUCGAAGAACUCCACUCCCACCAACUGUUUCCCCACGUUCAGCUGCUCGAGAUCAAGGAAGAACAGCAUGCCCGAGAUGUGUUCGCUCCUGAACAACCGAAAAGUGAAGAUCCUAGUGAAGAUGACGAUAAUGACUCUGAACGGAAACCUGACAUCAAGGAAGCUGCUAAACGGACACGAUUGCAGAAGAAUGAAUCGGAUGCGGUUCAGGAAUACGUGUCGCAGAAUCUCAUCCUGGACUGCGACACGUGCUCUAAGCGAUGUGCAACUUUCGAGACUUUGCAAAACCAUUCCAUGAUGGAACACGCCAAGAAAGCAACUGUCCUAUGUUGCAAUCUCAAGUUCACGAGCAACUAUCGAUUCGUCAAUCAUGUACGGUUUCAUCUGGAUCAGCCGAAAUUCGAAUGUUCGAAGUGCUCGAAGCAGUUCGACAGUAGGGAUACACUUAAGAGGCACGUCCGAAGUACUCAUGGUUCCGAAAAAGAGAAACCUAUGAGUGACGUGGAAGAGGAUGAGACUGAUGCAAUCAAAUCAGAGGAUCCAGAGCCAAGUGAGGGUGAGUCUGGUGCAGAUGAUGCGAAUGACGAUGAUGAGGACUAUGUACAGGGAAGUGAUGACUCAGAAGAUUCGAACAACUCGGGAGAUGAUAAGGCAGACAAAUCCCUACAAGAUGAAUCGAAGCUCAGAAGACGUACAAAAGAGACGGAGAAGGAAAUGGUUAAGAUUCAGGAGUACGUAUCGAAGAAUAUAACACUGGAAUGUGACACGUGUUCGGAGCGACGAACGACCUUCAAGGACUUGCUGCAGCAUUCCAAGGAGAAACACGGGAAACCUGCAACUAUAGUGUGUUGUAAUUUGAAACUCAUGACAUGUUACCGGUUCGACGAUCAUAUACUGUACCAUUUGAGUCCGGAUCGGUUCGAAUGUUCGCAAUGUUCGAAGAAAUGUCCCAAUCGGGAAGCGUUGAGCAGACACAUACAAAAGGCACACACGCCAGCAGAAGAUAGACUUCAUUCCUGCCAGGUGUGCCAGAAGAAAUUCCCAACUAGAUAUAAGCUGGCAAGACACGCUGAAACCCACGACGAAACAAGCGGCAAGCGUCGUCCGGUUAAGGAUGAUGAGGAAAACGAGAAGCUAAUAGCAGAUAAUAUAACCCUGGAGUGUGACACGUGCCAGGAGAAACAUGAUUCGUUCAUGGCUUUGCAGAAACAUUCCGUGGCUGAGCACAAAAAGCUCGCGUUCGUGUUCUGCUGCGACCUCAAGUUCAACAAGAAACCACGACUCGUCGAUCACGUGCUCUUCCAUCUGGAUCCGACCAGUUUUCAGUGCAAGAUCUGCCACAAGAAUCUUCCCCACAGUGAGUCUCUGAAACGGCACAUAGAAAAGAAUCACGCCCCGGAGGAGUCGAGAACGAUCAAGUGCAGCAUGUGCCCGAAGAUGUUCACGCACCAGAAGUUCCUGAGCACUCACGAGCGGUAUCACAACCGACGUUGGCACUGCGAAAUCUGCGACAAGCGAUUCAUCUGUGAAGCGACCCUGAAGCACCACCACAAGUCGAUACACACCAAGGAGCUGAACUACGUGUGCCACGUGUGCGCCAGGACUUUCCACAUCUACUCCUCGUACCGGUCGCAUCUGGAAACGCACGACGAAUCGGCCAAGAAGAAACCACCGAAGCCGCGGGUGCAGUGUCAAAUAUGCAACACCUGGACCCUGAAGCUGUCCCACCAUAUGCGGCUGCACUCGGGAACGCGAACUUGCGAGAUUUGCGGCAAGGAAUGCAGGCACCUGAUUGCCUAUCGGUAUCACAUGAAGAGUCACGAAACGGGAGACUUCAUCUGCACGGUGUGCGACAAAAGCUUCAAGAGAGAACUCGGAUUGAAGGAACACAUGGCAUCGCACACGGGUGACGUGCUGUACAGUUGCGAUUUUUGCGACCGAACGUUCAACUCGGGCGCCAACAGGGCAUCCCAUCGCAAGAAGAUGCAUCCGCAGCAGUGGCUCGAGGACAAGCUGAUGAAGAAGGCGGCCAAAAUGGCCCAAUAUGCCGAACCUGUUCAAUCGUAGAAGAACGGAUUUACUACGAAACGUAUGUAACUAGAUGUGAAUGAAUCGAUGUGCUUGAAGGUAA